GCGGAUCCGAUCAUGCCAGAUCGCCCUUCUCAUCAUACUGACACUGAUCGCGGAUCCGAAUGCCUUAGUUGUCGCGUUGUUGGAUUUGUGUUACCUGUUGUUUUGUCCGCUUAUGUCAUUUACACUGCGAAGGAUCGGCUAAUCCACUACACCGGGGUGAAGCGAUGGUCAUAUCUUGGACUGUGCGCCAGCCUUUCUGCUGGUCUUUUGUACAUUGGCGGUAGCCAAAUAAUACGACGCCUGGACUAGAAAGGGAAAAAUCUUUGGAAUACAUUCAUGCAACGCACCUAUAUCUUCGGU